UCAAACUGGGCUGAUGAUUUUGACAAAUUGGAGAGCCAUCAUGGUUACAUACAAUGGCUUUUUCCAUUGACUGAACAUGGGGUGAAUGACCAUGCCCAAACAUUAACUCAACAGGAAAUUAAGAUAUUUAAAGAAAAUGUUAACCUCCAGAAAAUGCUUUUGAGGUCUUAUAACUUGAUGCUGAAGUUUUAUGGCUUCAAGUUGGAGAGUGAAGAAACAGGCAAAGUAUCAUUACUUAGUAAUUGUAAUGAAAGAUUUUAUAAUCUCUGUAGCUCGCCUCAUAAUUUCUUGAGGAUAACUCGAAUAAUAAAAUGCCUGUCAUUGUUAGGA